AUGGCGUCACAGUCAAAGGUAGGCUUUCACCUGCCUUGGCCCUACACCAUCUUCUUCCUCUUCAUCGAGCCCUUCUCGGCCCUCGUCGGCGCAUACUACGCCCACUUCCGACAGCGGGACUAUCUGACGCUCACUCACGCGUCCUCUGCUCCCGUCCUGGGCGGCGUCUCUACCGGCACCUCCAUCGUCCUCUCCCAGCUAGCCAACCUCUACCUCCUCUUCGCACUCAACGAGGCUCUGGUCCUGCGGUCUAGCGCAGAUCUGCGAGUCUGGAGGACAGUCCUGUUCGUACUGCUGUUGGCUGAUUUUGGUCACUUGUACACCGUCAAGGCGCUGGGCCUGGACGUGUACCUGCCCUGGAACUUUGCUAGGUGGAACGCCAUCGACUGGGGCAACAUCCCGUUCGUCUACCUCGGCGCCAGCAUGAGGAUCGCAUUCCUCGCAGGUGUGGGCAUGGGCGGGUCAGGCAACAAGCUGCCCAAGGCCAUCAAGAAGAAGAGCUAG